AUGUCUGCAUCAUUCCCCGCUUCCUCGUCGCCCUUUACACGGGCAGUGGUGAGCUCCAUGAAAAAGCUUUAUCCCGAGUCAUUGGCAGAUAAGAGCUGGGAUAACACCGGCUUGCUCCUCGAAGCACCCUUCAACCCUGCACAGAGACAGAAAAAUUCCGUCCUGUUGGCUAUCGACCUCACCAAAGCCGUCGCCGAUGAAGCUAUUCAGCGUAAAGAUUCGGUCGUCGUGGCCUACCAUCCAAUUAUUUUCCGGGGCCUAAAGUCUCUCACUCUCCAAGACCCCCAGCAACAGUCCCUUCUUAGACUGGCGCAAGAAGGCAUCAGUGUCUACUCGCCGCAUACAGCUGUAGAUGCCACCCCUGGUGGAAUGGCAGACUGGCUCUGCGACAUUGUCACCGGAGCCAUCGCCCCAUCCCCCAACUCAGCCGGUCCUUCUCCUAUCGAGAAAUCCUCUUCUCAAAAAUACUCCUCCCCAACAUACCCCCAGCCGCAGCCUUCUGUGCCCUCUUCUGCACCCGUCCCCGCCCACACCAGGACUACAAUCCACCCCUCCCCAUCCCCCGUCCCAGAGGGCCUCGAAUCUGCAGGAAUGGGCCGUCUCGUCACCUUCUCCACCCCGCAGCCCCUCACCACCAUCAUCGACAACCUUGCCCGGGGUGUCGGCCAUCCCGGCGGAAUCCCCAUCGCAAUCCCGCAAUCCGCCUCGAUCGACACCAUGAAGAUCCGCACUGUGGGCGUCUGCCCCGGUUCGGGUUCCAGUGUCCUUCUCAAGGGGGGUAAUAUCCCUGAUCUUUGUUUCACGGGUGAGCUGAGUCACCAUGAAGCGUUGGCAACCAUUGAACGCGGUUCGGCGGUCGUGGCCCUGGCCCACACCAACACCGAACGUGGCUACCUGCAUGCUGUCAUGCGGGAGCGAUUGGAGGAGACGUUGAAGAAGGAAUGGGAGGCUGAGCGAGGCGAGGGUUUGAGAGCAUUGGAGGAGAGUGCCAAGGAGGGAGGGGCUGGUGUUGUUCAGGGGUUGGAGGAAGCUUUCAAGGAUGUUGAGAGUGCUGUUACUGUUAGUGAGCGGGAUCGAGACCCGUAUGGAAUUAUGAUCCGACGGGCUUAA